AUUAGUCACCAUUUUGGAUAGCACAUUUUUCCUCUGUGUGGUUUGUUUAGGCAGUUCUAACUUUCCCAAAAGUUGUUUGAAUUAAUGGAUUCCUCAAUUUCAUUGGUUGAUGUCUGAUGUGUUGUUCUUUUUUUGUUCUGGAGUCUAUUCUUUCAGGGUUGCCCAAUACUGAAGGCGCAGAUUCUGGUUCUCUGUUUUUGGCUGGAUAGUCCUACGUUUUUCUGUUAUAGAUUUGCAAAUCAUAAUUAAACUAUUAUUUAUUUUUGGGAUUGUUUUUGUGUCUUUUUAAAAAUUGGAUGAGGAUGCCAAUUUGUCACAAUGUUGUUAAUGUUUUGUACACCCAAAUUUACAUCUUCCUUAUUGUGAUGAAAUGUGGGGGCCAUAAAGUUGUCUAGGAAGGGUUUCAUUUUGGAUUUCUUGCUUUCUGGUAGUUUUCCAUGCUAUUCUUAGGCCAUUUGCAGUGCAUUCGGAAAGUAUUCAGACCUCUUGACUUUUUCCACAGUUACGUUACAGCCUUAUUCUAAAAUGGAUAGGUUUUUUUCUCUCUCAAUCUACACACAAUACCCCAUUAUGACGAAGCAAAUACAGGUUUUUAGAAAUGUUUAAAAUGUAUUUAAAAAAAAUGAAAUAUCACAUUUACAUAAGACCCAAAGGUGAUGACUAAAUUGGGAGUUUUCUAAUCUGACUUCUCUAUGUGACCAUGUAUGGAAAUUGUCUUUCUGGGCCGAGCAUCAGUUAAACUGCAGUACAGAAGCAAAACUGUAGGAUCAGUACAAAACCGUGCUUCUAAACCGGAACCCUGUCCCAUUCGCUACGAACUGGCCAGUCAGGUUUGAGAAUGGUGUGUGCGCCUGUUCACGAGCUUCUUGUCUUAGUGUCGACUCGCAGGUCCUUUCAACAUAUCCGAAAAAUUGAAUGAGCAAUUCAGGUGGUUUAUAGAUCAAUUACACAGCGACAAGCACACGAUCGUGAAUAAACCGGAUAUUUAUUUACGCCCUAAGAACUAUAAAAGGAAACCAACUAGCUCACGAAUUAGCAAUAAAAAGUUUAAGGUUUCAGAAACAACUGACCAAAUCCAGGUAACCUCUUGACACGUCCUAUUACAACGAACACACGUUUCAACUGGAAUGGAGAACAAAACAAAUGGAUCAGUGGAAGCUAAACUUGUGGCGGAGAAUGGCCAGCUGCCGGACCCUGCAGACUGGGCAUUCACUGACGUCGUCAGUUAUUUCAAAGCUGCAGGAUUUGAUGAGCAGGCUACUGCUUUCCAGGACCAGGAAAUCGAUGGCAAGUCUCUGCUCCUGAUGACACGGAAUGAUGUCCUGACUGGUCUUUCUAUCAAACUGGGGCCAGCACUGAAGAUCUACGAGUACCACGUGAAACCACUUCAAACUCAGCACCUGAAGAGUAAUGCUAAUGCACCACUGCAUGCUCAACGCGUGACAAGAUAAUCACGAGGCAGGACGGACAGACCAGUCCGAAGAGAUUUAUAGACCCAAGAGGACAGUGGAAGACUGGGCUUAGAAAACUCUUGCGUGGUUGCAUCUUGCAUCCUUCUGAAAAUAUUAUUUUACCUAAACUUAACAGAUGCCAAAUGAUUUGAGCCGUUACGUUUGUUGGUUAUUAACUGAGUGGUAUCAGUUUAUGAAACCAAACAAGGACUUUAAUUAUUUGAGGUCUUGGACAUAAGAUCAUUUUACAGGUCUUAAAAAUUACAGGUUUAUUUUUUCUUCCCCGAAGAGUUAGUCUCAAAGCAAAUCAAGCAGAUUCAACUGAAUGGGUUAUUUAAUAGUGGACGAUCCUUUUCAGAUGGAUGCAAACGGUGCACUAGAUGUCUGACUGUGAUGGCUCUCUUCUACCAUUGAUCAGUAUAUAUAUAUAUCAAACUAUGGAAUAGUUUGAUGCCGGCUAAGACUGGAUGGUAAUUAGUUUGAACCAUACUUACUGAUCCUCCAUUACAGCCAUUUUUCUUUUUCUAAUAAGCCACUAUUUAACUUAAUCAAAAGAUGCAUCUAUGAACAUUAUGCAUGUCAAUUGUAAAUUUAAGCACAGGGAUAUAGGUUGCUGAAUGUGUUCUUUGAUUUCCUUAUUCUUAAAUAUAUGGCAUUUUAUUUCGUGUUUGAUGUGGAUGCUUUUAUCACGCAUAAGUGACAUGCUGCUGCCUUUUGUAUUGUAAAGUUGCCCUGUUCACAUUUUGCUGUUAGAAACUACUUGCAUCUUAAGUAAAGAUUUGAGAUGUAACACUGUCAGUCUUACCCAAGAACAAUUAGCAAAAACACGGUCAUGUAGAGAAAGAAUGUUAAUUUCUAAAUACAAAAAGUCAAGAACAAUGAAUAAAAUAGAAUAGAAAAGGCACAAUCAUUUACUUGAAAACCACACAGUGCCAUGAAAAAUAAACCCUUCUCAUCGUAUCCUCGGUUGGCUGAGAAUAGAUGGCAAGUCUUCCUGACAUGUUCUACACUUCAUAAGAUUAUGUGGCAGUGGUUUGCCAUUGGCAAUGAGGAGCAGUGUUGAGGUCAACUUUUUCCCUGUAGCAUCAAAACGAAGGCC